AUGAAAAAAGAACUAAAAAAGAAAAAAUUACCACCCAUUCACCCAGGGGAAAUUUUGCGUGAAAGAUUAUUAAUUCCUCGUGAUAUCAGUCCCCAAGAAUUAGCUACCGCCUUAAAAGUUCCCAAGGAGCAAAUAAAAUGG